AAAUGAAGCGAGAAUAGAAAACAAUGAAAGAAAUAAAGGGAAUAAACGAAACAUAAAUAGAAAGAGAUAAAAGGAAACAAAAUGAACAGAAAUGGAUGGAUAAAAACAAAAAAUAAUGAAGAAACAAAUAAAACGAAAGUAAGAGAAAUAAAGGAAAAUAAAAGACGUAAAAGUAAGGAUAUAGUAGUAGAAAAGGAAUCAAAAUACUAUAUACCGAAUAAUUCUGAGGAUAUUGAUAGAGAACAUACGUUUCAUUUUUUUCAAAAAUAUGUAUUUGAGGAUAUAAAAUGCGAUCCCGGAACUCGAUUGUUGGAUCUUACAAAUAAAUAUGAAAAAUCCUAUUUUAUGGACUUAAUAAUAAUUCAAUAUAUCCAAAUGAGUGUUCUAACAAAAACAUCCGAACCCUGGCGAAACUGCCGAAACAUGGCGAAAUUGGUGAAACUAAAUGAGUUCCAUGUUAAAUUUUUAAUUGGCUAUAAAUCACAUACCGAGAGACAACUCGGUGGGUUUCGGACAUUUCACCAGGUUUCGGCAGUUUCGGAACAGCCGAAACCGAAACUCAAGAUGGGCGAAACGUUUCACCAAUUGUUUUCGCCCGAAACAUUUUAA